ACAGAAUGCAACCAGCUCUUCUUUCUCGUAGCUGCACGGCUAUGCUGCGAUCUACACGAUCGCUGGCGAUGAAAGCUUCUCCUGUCUUGUUCCAGAGACCUUUGUCUUACAUCGAGGAGCAGUACGCUCGUGGAAGAAUGGUUUCUCCCCAUCUUUCCAUCUACAAGGUUCGCUGGGCUACCAUGUCUUCGGGUUGCCAUCGUUUGACCGGUUUGGGUCUUUGGAUGGGUUUCACCGCUGCGGGUAUUACUGCUUGCUGUGGAGUGAGCGUGCCUGCUCUGAUCGAGGCCAUUAAGUUCCACCCUCUGAUUCUUUACGGAGGCAAGUUCUUUUUGACUUAUGCUCUUGGCUACCAUUAUGUGUGUGGUUUGAGACAUAUCUAUUAUGAGUACUAUCCGGAUAGAUUGACUUGGGAUCACAUCACAAGCAGUUCUCUGUUGAUUAUCUGGGGUAUGUUCGCUGCCUCCCUCCUGCUGACAUGGGCCAAACUGCCUGCCCUGAAGCCCAAAGAGAAGAAAUCUGAAUAACGAAACAAUGAUUUGUAUUUGUAUACGACCAACCACCUAUU